GGCCUGUGUCCAGGCCCGCGGGGGAGCAGCGUCCAGCGCUGAGCCCUGCUGCCCCCAGGUCCUCGCGCUCCCCGUGCACCCUGGCGCCAGGGCAGGAUGGCCAGCUGCUGUCCAUGCCCCUGGAUCCACGCGGAGCGGUGACGCGCUGACGGUGCCUGGGCCACAGGGCUGACCGCGAGCCCAGAGCUCGGCGCGUCUUCUCGGGCUCCCCGACCCGCCGGGACGGGCGGCACGUGUGGUGCGGCCUGGGCCUGGCCAUGGCUCAGGACAUAGAGGCGGACUGCCUGCUGGACCUCAGCUUCCUGACGGAGGAGGAGCAGAGCACCAUCGGCGAGGUGCUGCUCCGGGACUCGCAGCUCCGCGUGCUGGAGGAGGGGCGCGUCAGCAAACUGCGCAAGUCGGUCUCCGACCCCAGCCAGCUGAAGGGCCUGACCGGGGACUGGUUCUGCGACGUCCGGGCCAAGCGGCACCGGCACAACCACCUGGGCGCCGACAUCGUCCGUGCCUCCAUCCGCAGGAAGAAACCCAAAGGAGAGCAGGAGCCGAAACGUGCCUCCAGCACGGGGGACCUGGGGCCGAUCCCUGAGCCGGCGCCAGAGGAGAAGGAGGGGGCGGUGGAUAACGAGGACAGGCUCCCCACAGAGGCUGCCCACCACGCCGAGGACACGCAGGAUGCAGGCCAGGCGAGGGCACAGGAGCCUGGGGACAAGCCAGACAGCAAUGACUCGUUUGAAUCAUUUGACACGUCCAGCCCAGAGGAAGGGGACGAGGCGGGGAGCAGGGAGACCCAGCCGUGCCCGGCCAUCACCGUCACUGCACAGAGCAACGGGGCCCUGCAGAACGGCCAGGACGGGCUGGUGGAGUCGCCCCCCAGGAGGAACGGCGCGGGACCCCCCCAGACCCUGCUGACCACCAGCUCCUCCAUGUCCAGCCUCGGCUCCACGCUGAGCGGCAGCAUGAUGAGCCUGUACAGCGAGGGGGACGUGGGCAGCGUGGAGGUGUGCGGCUGCAUCCAGCUCUCCCUGCACUACGAGGCCAAGAGGAAGGAGCUGCGUGUCCACGUCGUCCAGUGCCGGGGGCUGGCCGAGGCCAAGAAACAGCGCUCGGACCCGUAUGUCAAGACCUACCUGCUGCCAGACAAGUCCAACCACGGCAAACGCAAAACAACAGUCAAGAAGCGGAGCCUGGACCCUGUCUUCAAUGAGAUCCUCAAGUACAAGAUGGAGAAGGACGAGCUCCAGAGCCGCGUGCUCAACGCGUCCGUCUGGCACCAUGACACCCUGGGCCGCAACCUCUUCCUGGGCGAGGUGGAGAUCGCGCUGAGCACCUGGGACUGGGGCAAUGUGCACCCCGAGUGGUUCAACCUCCAGCCCCGGACGCCGGUCUCCCCCCACGACCUCAGCAGCCGGGGCAAGCUCAACCUAGCGCUCAAGUUCAUCCCCGCCGGGGCUGAAGGAGCUGGCCUGCCUCCGACGGGGGAGCUGCACAUCUGGGUGAAGGAUGCCCAGAGCCUCAUCCCCAUCCGGGGCGGCACCAUGGACUCCUCCGUGCAGUGCUACGUCCUGCCGGAUGACAGCAAGGCGAGCCGCCAGAAGACCCGGGUGGUGAAGCGGAGCCUGACCCCGCUGUUCAACCACACCAUGGUGUACGACGGCUUCAAGGCCAAGGACCUCAGCGAGGCCUGUGUCGAGUUCACCCUCUGGCACCACGAGAACUUCUCCAAGCAGCUGCUGGGCGGCCUCCGCCUCAGCCUGGGCACCGGGAGCAGCUACGGGCUGCCCGUGCCCUGGAUGGACUCUACGGAGGAGGAGCAGCGUGUCUGGGACCGCCUGCUGCAGCAGCCCUGCCUCUGGGUGGAAGCCCUGCUGCCCCUGCGAACCAACCUCACCCCCAGGACUUAGCUCCCCCCUGGCCUGGACUCCCCCUUGCUGCUGGGGAUGGCAGGCAGGACUGGCUUCUGAUGCCAGGGCGCUGGCCCAGGCGAUCCCAGUGAGUCCCAGAGCUGCUGCACCCGACCCAUCUUGGAAAUAAACCCCCGUGCAACCACGCAAGGCUGGAGAUGCUG